AUGGCCCAAGUCAAUGGAAGUCGCGGCGUCAAACCUGCCACUAAUGGCACCGUUCCUGUCAUGAACGGCUCAACUUCAUACGCCGCGAAGCACAAGCUAGCAGACCACUUCAUCGGUGGGAAUAAACUUGAGAACGCUGCUCCUAGCCCUGUGAAGGACUUUGUUGCCCAGCAUGAUGGCCACACGGUCAUUACCAGUGUCCUGAUUGCCAACAAUGGUAUUGCAGCAGUCAAGGAGAUUCGAUCAGUACGAAAAUGGGCUUACGAAACCUUUGGCGAUGAGAAAGCGAUUCAAUUCACGGUGAUGGCCACGCCAGAAGAUUUGGCAGCCAACGCCGACUACAUUCGAAUGGCAGAUCAAUACGUGGAGGUGCCCGGUGGAACAAAUAACAACAACUACGCCAAUGUCGAGUUGAUCGUAGAUGUUGCGGAACGUAUGGAUGUCCAUGCGGUUUGGGCUGGAUGGGGGCACGCCUCAGAAAACCCAAAACUACCCGAAUCCCUCGCAGCCUCCCCAAAGAAGAUCGUCUUCAUUGGUCCUCCCGGAUCUGCUAUGCGAUCGCUUGGAGACAAAAUUUCUUCCACAAUCGUUGCCCAGCACGCCAAAGUACCAUGUAUACCCUGGUCGGGAACUGGUGUCGACCAGGUCGAGGUCAACGAAGAUGGAAUUGUUACAGUCGAGGACUCCAUCUACAUGAAAGGUUGCGUGCAGUCAUGGCAGGAAGGUCUUCUGAAGGCCGAACAAAUCGGUUUCCCUGUCAUGAUCAAAGCUUCCGAGGGUGGUGGUGGAAAGGGUAUCCGAAAGGCGGACAGCAAAGAUGGUUUCGAAGCUCUAUAUAAAGCUGCCGCAAGCGAAAUUCCCGGAUCGCCAAUCUUCAUCAUGAAGCUAGCAGGUAACGCCCGCCAUCUGGAGGUUCAAUUGCUGGCCGAUGAGUAUGGAAACAACAUAUCUCUCUUUGGUCGAGAUUGCUCCGUCCAGCGAAGACAUCAAAAGAUCAUCGAGGAGGCACCUGUUACCAUUGCCAAGCAGCCAACUUUCGAAGCGAUGGAGAAAGCAGCUGUUCGUCUUGGUCGACUUGUAGGAUAUGUCUCGGCUGGUACCGUUGAGUAUCUAUAUUCCCACGCAGACGACAAAUUCUACUUCCUCGAACUCAACCCCAGAUUGCAAGUUGAGCAUCCAACGACCGAGAUGGUCAGUGGUGUCAACUUGCCAGCUGCACAACUUCAAGUCGCUAUGGGUCUGCCAUUGCACCGAAUCCGUGACAUUAGAUUGUUAUACGGCGCAGAUCCUUCGACUUCCUCCGAAAUCGACUUUGACUUUUCCAAAGAGAACAGCUCCAUGACCCAGCGUAGACCAAAGCCAAAGGGUCAUACAACCGCCUGCCGUAUUACCUCUGAAGAUCCUGGAGAAGGUUUCAAACCAUCCAGCGGUAAAAUGUCGGAGUUGAACUUCCGAAGUAGUUCUAAUGUCUGGGGUUACUUCUCUGUUGGAACGGCAGGUGGUAUUCACAGCUUCUCUGACAGUCAAUUCGGUCACAUUUUCGCCUAUGGUGAGAAUCGUGCGGCUUCGCGGAAGCACAUGGUUGUAGCUUUGAAGGAGUUAAGCAUUCGUGGUGAUUUCCGAACCACUGUCGAAUACUUGAUCAAAUUGCUGGAGACUCCUGCAUUCGAGGACAACACCAUUACCACAGGCUGGCUCGACGAGCUGAUCUCCAACAAGUUGACUGCCGAGCGCCCAGACCCUAUAUUGGCUGUCGUGUGCGGAGCUGUCACCAAGGCCCAUAUCUCUAGCGAAGCCUGCAUCAAUGACUAUCGCACAUCUCUCGAGAAGGGUCAGGUUCCUGCGAAGGACAUCUUGAAGACGGUCUUCCCAAUCGACUUCAUUUACGAUGGCCAUCGCUACAAAUUUACUGCUACUCGAUCCAGUUUGGACAGCUAUCACUUGUUCAUUAAUGGAUCGAAGUGCUCAGUUGGCGUCCGAGCGCUUAGCGACGGUGGUCUAUUAGUCCUGCUCAGCGGCAAAAGUCAUAACGUGUACUGGAAGGAAGAGGUUGGAGCCACUCGUCUUAGCGUUGAUGGCAAGACUUGCUUGUUGGAACAAGAGAACGACCCUACCCAGCUGCGAACACCAUCGCCCGGAAAGCUUGUCAAGUUUACUGUUGACAAUGGUGAGCAUAUCAAGGCUGGCCAACCGUUUGCCGAAGUGGAGGUCAUGAAGAUGUAUAUGCCACUUCUCGCCCAAGAGGAUGGUAUCGUGCAGCUCAUCAAGCAGCCAGGAGCCACUCUUGAAGCUGGUGAUAUUCUUGGUAUACUCUCGCUGGAUGAUCCAUCCAGAGUCAAGAGCGCCCAACCCUUCUUGGGUCACCUUCCAGAUCUUGGACCACCACAAAUCGUUGGUACAAAGCCUGCUCAACGUUUCGUCCUCCUGCACAGCAUUCUCGCCAAUAUUCUGAAUGGUUUUGAUAACCAGGUUAUCAUGGCCUCCACCUUGAAGGACCUCAUUGAGGUUCUCAGAGAUACAGAACUUCCCUACAGCGAAUGGAAUGCGCAGUUCUCCGCUCUCCAUGCCAGAAUGCCACAGCGCCUAGACGCUGUCUUCACCCAGAUCGUGGACCGUGCCAGGUCACGAUCUGGCGAAUUCCCUGCCAAGAAUCUUCAAAAGACGCUUUCCAAAUUCAUUGACGAAAGUGUCGAGGCAGGAGAUGUGGAUCUGUUGAAGUCAGCUCUUGCUCCUCUUCUUGAGGUAAUGGAUCGAUAUGCAGAGGGCCAGAAGGUCCACGAAUUCAACGUCUUCUGCAGGCUUCUUGAUCAGUACUCAUCAGUAGAGAAACUUUUCUCUGGGAGAACCUCCCGGGAUGAGGAAGUCGUUCUGAAACUCAGAGAUGAGAACAAGGACGAUAUUAUCAAGGUCAUCGGUACCGUCUUAUCUCACAGCAGAAUUGGCUCCAAGAACAACCUCAUCCUUGCCAUCCUCGAGGAGUAUCGACCAAACAAGCCUAACGCUGGAAAUAUUGCCAAGUACUUCCGCUCAUCACUCAAGAAGCUUACCGAGCUUGAGUCAAGACAAACAGCCAAAGUGUCCUUGAAAGCGCGUGAGGUACUUAUCCAAUGCGCCCUACCAUCUCUUGAGGAGCGUGCUGCCCAGAUGGAGCAUAUCCUUCGUUCUUCAGUUGUCGAGUCUCGAUAUGGUGAGACAGGCUGGGAACAUCGUGAACCAGAUCUCGAAGUCCUCAAGGAAGUCGUCGAUUCAAAGUAUACCGUCUUCGAUGUCCUCCCAAUCUUCUUCGGUCACCAAGACCCAUGGGUGUCGCUGGCAGCUCUCGAGGUUUAUAUCCGCAGAGCUUAUCGUGCCUACUCGCUAAAGAAAAUUGAGUACCACAAUGACUCGACUGAGCCACCUUUCAUCGUGUCUUGGGAUUUCAUUCUACGCAAAGUUGGUGCAUCGGAGUUUGGUAUGCCGGUUCAAUCCUCGGCACCAUCAACGCCAGCAACGCCAUCUUACGAGGGGGGCAAUCCAUUCAAACGUGUCAGCUCCAUCAGUGACAUGUCUUAUCUUGUCAGCUCUGGUGACAAGGAACCAACAAGAAAGGGUGUUAUUGUUCCUGUUCAAUACCUUGAUGAGGCUGAAGAAUAUCUCAUGCGGGCCUUGGACGUCUUCCCAGUUGCAGGUACCAAAAAGCCAGCCAAUGGUUUAAUGCCCGAACUAGGCGGUAGAAGAAAGCCUGCUCCUAAGAUCGAUACUGAGGAUGAGCUUACCGCUGUAUGCAAUGUUGCUGUCCGUGACUGCGAAAGUCUCGACGACGCUGAGACACUUGCGCGUAUCAACACCAUCGUCAAGGAAUACAAGGACGAGCUUCUCUCUCGCCGCAUCCGAAGACUGACAUUCAUCUGUGGACACAGAGAUGGAUCAUAUCCAGGCUACUUCACCUUCCGUGGUCCCAACUAUGAGGAAGACCAGAGUAUCCGUCACAGUGAGCCAGCAUUGGCCUUCCAGCUUGAACUUGGAAGACUCUCUCGCUUCGCCAUUAAGCCAGUCUUCACUGAAAACCGCAACAUCCACAUUUAUGAGGCAAUCGGAAAAGAAGUUGAGGGUGACAAGCGUUACUUCACACGUGCGGUUGUUCGACCAGGACGACUACGAGAUGAGAUCCCUACCGUUGAGUACUUGAUUUCCGAAUCAGACAGACUCAUGAACGAUAUUUUGGAUGCUCUAGAGAUUAUUGGUAACAACAACUCCGAUCUUAACCAUAUCUUCAUCAACUUCUCUCCUGUCUUCCCACUUCAGCCUCCUGAGGUCGAGAAAGCCCUUGGUGGUUUCCUCGAGCGUUUCGGCCGUCGUCUCUGGCGUCUGCGUGUCACUGGUGCCGAGAUUCGCAUCAUCUGCACCGAUCCAGAGACCAACAUGCCAUAUCCUCUUCGUGUUGUCAUCUCCAACACCUCUGGAUAUGUCAUUCAGGUUGAGAUGUAUGCUGAGCGCAAGUCCGAGAAGGGUGGCGAGUGGGUCUUCCACAGCAUUGGUGGUACUACCAAGAUUGGUGCUAUGCAUCUGCGACCAGUCAGCACACCAUACCCAACCAAGGAAUGGCUCCAGCCCAAGCGGUACAAAGCCCAUCUUAUGGGUACGCAAUACGUCUACGAUUUCCCAGAGCUGUUCAGACAAGCUAUCCAAAACAGCUGGACCAAGGCCGUCAGCAAGCACGCCUCUCUAGGCGAGAAGCAACCACCAGUCGGAGAGUGCAUCGAAUACAGCGAGCUUGUGUUGGAUGACCAAGACAACCUUGCUGAGGUUGUUCGCGAGCCAGGUACCAACUCUCAUGGUAUGGUAGGUUGGAUCGUCACCGCCAAGACUCCCGAGUAUCCUCGUGGACGUAAAUUUGUUGUCAUCGCCAACGACAUAACAUUCAAGAUUGGUAGUUUCGGACCCAAAGAAGACGCCUUCUUCUACAAGUGUACUGAGCUUGCGCGAAAGCAAGGUAUUCCUAGAAUAUAUCUCUCUGCUAACUCUGGUGCUCGCAUUGGAAUGGCUGAGGAACUUAUUCCUCAUUUCAACGUCGCUUGGAAUGACGCAGACAAACCAGAAGCUGGAUUCAAGUAUCUCUACCUCACCGCCGAUGCUAAGAAGCGUUUUGAGGAUGGCAAGAGAAAGGAUGUCAUCACCGAAGAAAUCACUGAAGACGGUGAGACUCGAUACAAGAUCACCACCAUUAUUGGUGCCGAGGAUGGUCUUGGUGUUGAGUGUCUUAAGGGUUCCGGUUUGAUUGCAGGUGCUACUAGCAGAGCGUACGAGGAUAUCUUCACGAUCACCUUGGUAACCUGCAGAUCUGUCGGUAUCGGUGCUUACCUGGUUCGCUUGGGUCAACGUGCCAUCCAAGUUGAGGGUCAACCUAUCAUCUUGACUGGUGCUCCAGCUAUCAACAAACUUCUGGGUCGUGAGGUUUACACAUCCAAUCUUCAACUUGGUGGAACACAAAUCAUGUACAAGAACGGUGUCUCUCACAUGACCGCCAACGAUGAUUUCGAGGGUGUGGCCAAGAUUGUCGAGUGGAUGGCCUAUGUUCCUGAUAAGCGCAACAACCCACUUCCUAUCGGACCAGCUGUCGACACUUGGGAUCGUGACAUUAUCUACACUCCUUUGGCCAAGCAGACAUACGAUGUCAGAUGGCUCAUCGGUGGUAAGGAAGAUGAUGAAGGUUUCAUGCCAGGAUUGUUCGAUAAAGACUCGUUCGUUGAGACCCUUGGCGGAUGGGCCAAGACUGUCGUUGUCGGUCGUGCUCGCCUUGGUGGUAUCCCAAUGGGUGUCAUCGCUGUUGAGACCAGAUCAGUGGAAAACAUCACCCCAGCUGACCCUGCCAACCCCGACUCCAUCGAGCAAGUCACCAAUGAGGCUGGUGGUGUUUGGUAUCCAAACUCCGCUUUCAAGACUGCACAAGCUAUUAAGGAUUUCAACAAUGGUGAGCAAUUGCCAUUGAUGAUCCUUGCCAACUGGAGAGGUUUCUCUGGUGGUCAACGUGAUAUGUACAAUGAGGUUCUCAAGUAUGGAUCUUACAUUGUCGAUGGCCUCAGCAAAUAUCAACAGCCAGUUAUCAUCUAUAUCCCACCUUUCGGAGAGCUACGUGGUGGUUCAUGGGUCGUCGUCGAUCCAACAAUCAACCCAGACUACAUGGAAAUGUACGCUGAUGAGGAUGCCCGUGGUGGUGUCUUGGAACCCGAGGGUAUUGUCAACAUCAAGUACCGCCGCGACAAGCAGCUCGAGACUAUGGCUCGUCUUGAUCCUGAGUAUGGUGCUCUCCGCAAACAGCUUGCUGACAAGUCAUUGAGCCAAGAGCAACUUAGUGAUAUCAAGGUCAAGGCAACUGCUCGAGAACAACUCUUGUUGCCAGUGUAUCAACAAGUUUCACUUCAGUUCGCCGAUCUCCAUGACCGUGCUGGACGUAUGAAGGCCAAGGACGUCAUCAAACGUCCAAUUGUCUGGAGAGAAGCUCGUCGCUUCUUCUACUGGCGCGUGCGUCGUCGUAUUAACGAAGAAUACAUCCUCAAGCGCAUGGCCACUGCCUCCAAGAACCCACUUGCUUCUCGAUCUCGUCAUCGGGAUACUCUCGCGGCCUGGACUGGCGUUCCUAAGUUCGAAACCGCAGAUCGUGACGUUGCUGUCUGGUAUGAAGAGAAUAGAAAGACUGUUCACGAGAAGGUCGAGGCGCUCAAGACUGAGGGCGUGGCUUUCGAUGUUGCUGGCUUGUUGCGCAGCAAUACCAAGGGUGGUCUUAAGGGUGUGCAGCAGAUGUUGAGCAUGUUACCUGCUGCGGAACGUGAGGAGGCUUUGAAGUUUUUGAGUUCUACAUGA